AUGCAUCACCACGAGAGAAGUAACUCAAGGGAUCGGGGGUUAAAUUCCAGUGCUCAUGCUGGCACCAAUCAAGAGGCCAGGGACCGAAAUGUCCUGCGCCACGCUCCUCAAGUGGAGUCCCCGUGGAUGCCGUCAUCCAGAGAGUUGGACCGGUUGGCCGCCAUGACUACCGAACGGGAUCGAAUCCCGUUGUUCGAUUGCAGGAAGAUCUGUCCACCUGAUUCCAGCACGGAAACUAUCCGUGCUGAGGAAGAACUAUUCACCGAUGUGUUUUUCAAACAUCUGUGGUACAAUAACAGCUGUGUUCGAGACGGUAAAGCCUUGCUGCAAGGAUGGAAUGCCCUCAUCCACAACAUCGAGUGUAUUGGCCAUGAGGCUUGGCUCGCCAAACUUGAUGCAGCUCGCAUCAGGUUUGAGAAGCACAACCCAGCAGGGAUGCGACACAAGUUGCCCCGGCUCUCAAGAGAGGCAGGAUUACCUUGUCUCUCGUGGGGUGAUUCGUGUCCAGGUUGCCUAGACAACUCGAACCGUGCCCCUAGGGUGGCCUACAUCCCUAAUAAUCCCUACUGGAGGGCGCGCAUCUCUUCCGAGAUGGCCGAAGGGAUUGACACCUUCCAAUCCCUGAACUCGCGUUCGGGGGGGUCAUUUUCUGACGGCCCUUCUUCGAACGCAGCGGGUGGGUCUCGUCGUACUGCUCGACGAGACAGAAGACAUCAACAAUCAUCUGGACUCGAGGCUCCCAUCUGCCGCACGCUGGUGGAUAGCCACGCCAGAGGACGAGGUAACUCGUCCGGACGCCAUUCACGUUGCGGUGGUUCAAAUUACACUUCACCAGAAAGCUUUGAAUGCCGCCAGAGUCCACCGAAGGAUGUGGUGGUGGCGGGAGCACCUGAUCCGGCUCGAGGGUCGGAUCAGCCUGAUGUUCAGGAUCUGAACCGUGUCAAGAACAGUUACAAGAUGACCUAG